AUGGGUUUUUCGGGUUUACAUUCAAUCCAGGAACGCCUAGGGAAAAUCCUGGCUUCUCGACAAUUCCAUAUUUCAGUCCUUCUUCUUCUCAUUGUGGAUUUUUCCUGUGUCCUUGCGAUCCUCAUAUUGAUCUUUUUUGACCCUAUCAAUUUUACGCACGAAGAACAUUACAUUGUGGUUAUUCUCUCCGAUCUUGCCUUUGUCAUAAACACACUCUUCCUUAUCGAGAUUUUGUUGGAUCUAUUAUGCUUUGGCAUAAAAUAUUUCUUCACUGGGCCCGGAUGGGCAUUUCACUUAUUUGAUGCAAUUAUUGUGAUUGCUACAUUUUUUUUUGAUGUGUUUUUAGAAGGAAAGGUAAGGGAGGUAGCGGGAUUAUUGAUUGCGCUCAGAUUAUGGAGAUUAGUAAAGGUGCUAACGUCGAUAGCUGUCGGUGUAAACGAAUAUGACAAACAGAAAUUAGAAGAUCUGGAGGGUGAAUUUAAGAAUUUCGUGUUGGUUAUCAAAGACGUUGCAGAAGAAGAACACUGGGAUAAGGAGAAAAAACAAAGAAUAUUUAGUGGAACGGAGGUUGAAAGGAUAGUAAAAAACGUAAAUUAA